AUAGAGGGAAAGGGCAAAGAAGUUAAAUGGAAGAACUGUCAUGUUACGGUCAUCAAGACAGAUAGUAAUAGAAAUAAGCAUUUUAAAUCUCUUUAUGGUAGACGUGAUGGCUCUUUAAAGCUUUAUUCAGGCAUGUCUUUGUAUUUAGCAGGAGGAAAAUUUAGAGAGGAUUAA